AUGCCUCUGGGGAUGAAUAAGCAUGGAUCUCGCUCUACUACCUCUUUGCCUCCGGACCCCACCGAGAUCGUCAGGAGCAAGGCCUGCUCCCGAAGGGUCAAGCUCAACGUGGGGGGGCUGGCCCAUGAGGUUCUCUGGCGGACCUUGGACAGGUUGCCACGGACCAGGCUGGGUAAGCUCAGAGAUUGCAACACACACGACUCCCUCAUGGAGAUCUGUGAUGACUACAACCUGGAGGAGAAUGAGUACUUCUUUGAUAGGCAUCCUGGGGCAUUCACCUCAAUCUUGAACUUCUACCGUACUGGCAAGCUGCACAUGAUGGAGGAGAUGUGCGCCUUGUCCUUCAGCCAGGAGCUGGACUACUGGGGGGUGGAUGAGAUCUACCUGGAGUCCUGCUGCCAGGCCCGCUACCACCAGAAGAAGGAGCAGAUGAAUGAGGAGCUGAAGAGAGAAGCUGAGACACUGAGGGAAAGGGAAGGGGAGGAAUUUGAUAACACUUGCUGUGCUGACAAAAGGAAAAAACUCUGGGACCUCCUGGAGAAGCCCAACUCCUCCGUAGCGGCCAAGAUUUUGGCAAUCAUUUCCAUCAUGUUUAUUGUACUAUCUACAAUUGCCUUGUCCCUUAACACACUUCCUGAACUACAAGGCGUGGAUGAAUUUGGGCAGACCACAGAUAAUCCCCAACUUGCCCACGUGGAAGCAGUGUGCAUUGCAUGGUUUACAAUGGAAUACCUCUUGCGGUUCCUAUCCUCACCUAAGAAAUGGAAGUUUUUCAAAGGCCCACUGAAUGCAAUUGAUUUGCUAGCUAUCUUACCGUACUAUGUCACUAUCUUCCUCACAGAAUCCAAUAAAAGUGUACUUCAGUUCCAAAAUGUACGACGAGUGGUCCAAAUAUUUCGGAUUAUGAGGAUACUUCGGAUUCUAAAGCUUGCCCGGCACUCAACGGGUUUACAGUCCUUGGGGUUUACACUGAGGAGGAGUUACAAUGAGCUUGGAUUACUCAUCUUGUUUUUGGCCAUGGGCAUUAUGAUCUUUUCCAGUUUAGUGUUUUUUGCAGAAAAGGACGAGGAUGAUACAAAAUUCAAGAGCAUCCCAGCUUCUUUCUGGUGGGCAACAAUCACCAUGACAACAGUAGGCUAUGGAGACAUCUACCCCAAAACACUUUUAGGUAAAAUAGUAGGAGGACUGUGUUGCAUUGCUGGAGUGCUGGUGAUUGCUCUUCCCAUCCCAAUUAUUGUCAAUAACUUCUCUGAGUUCUACAAGGAGCAGAAGAGGCAGGAGAAAGCCAUUAAGCGCAGGGAAGCUCUUGAAAGAGCAAAAAGGAAUGGUAGUAUUGUUUCCAUGAAUAUGAAGGAUGCGUUUGCCCGUAGUAUAGAACUCAUGGACAUUGUGGUUGAAAAGAAUGGAGAAAGCAUAGCCAAAAAGGACAAAGUUCAGGACAAUCAUUUAUCUCCCAGCAAAUGGAAAUGGACCAAGAGAACGCUCUCUGAAACUAGCUCUAGUAAAUCUUUUGAAACUAAGGAACAAGGAUCUCCAGAAAAAGCCAGGUCAUCUUCAAGUCCCCAGCACCUGAAUGUCCAACAGCUAGAGGACAUGUAUAACAAAAUGGCAAAGACGCAGUCCCAACCAAACCUUAAUACUAAGGACUCGAGUCAAGCUGGAAAGCAAAAGGAAGAGCUAGAAAUGGAAACCCUUCCUGGCCCUAUGGUGCCCUUGCUGACGACUCGCACUGAUGGGAUCAUUGACAUGAGGAGCAUGUCUAGCAUUGACAGCUUCAUCAGUUGUGCGGCAGAGUUCCCUGACUCCGGGAGGUUUUCCCACAGCCCGCUUGCUACCAUUCCCUGCAAAGGUGGCAUUAAUGUGAUUCAGGAGCAGAGCAGGCCAGAGGGGAGCAGUGCCAGAUUUGUGGACAUGAAUCCAAGCUCUGAAAGCAGCCACCAUUCUGCUUUUCUCAUAGAAAGUCCCAAAAGCUCUGUAAAGGCCAGUAACCCUUUAAAACUAAGAUCUCUAAAAGUCAACUUCAUGGAAGAGGACACCAGCACAUUAGUACCAGCAUCAAAUGUACUGAGAAUAUAUCCAGACUCUCUCAAGAGCCGGGGAGCUGCUGCUGCUGCCACAGAUACUUCCUUACUCUCUGACAGAUCUCUCAUGAGCCCAGAAACCUCGAUCUACACAACUGCAAGUGCAAGAACACCCCCAAAGUCACCAGAGAUGCAGUCAGCCAUAGCUUUCAACUUCCAUGAUGCUGGUAUACACAAAUACAUAGAUGCUGACACUGAUGAUGAAGGUCAGCUGCUUUAUGAUUCAAGUCCACCCAGAAAUGUGAGUCCCAAGUACAAUGUUACAAACAGUGGCUAUCUAAAGCAAAAAGACAAUGUUUAUAGAACAGAGAAGAACCAUCUAGAAGCUGCUGCUUUACCCACCUCCCCUAAGCUGAUAGGGCAAAACUGCAUUUACUCUAUGGAAGGUAUCACUGGAAGAACCCAGGGCAAUCAGGAGACUGUCAGACUAGAAAAUCACAUUUCCCCAGAAGUCCAUGUAUUACCAGGUAGUGGAGGACAUGCUAACACACAUGAUCAAAGCAUCUGA